GGAAGGAAGACACCGGGUACGGAGCCGCCGCCGCUGCCGCUCCCCUCCGUCAGGCAGAGGCCAGAGGCCAGGCCCUGCUUGCUUUAACAGUCACAAAAGUCAUGUUGGAAGACUGCAAAAUCUUGGACCUGCUGGGAGACUGUUUUCUGAUGCACCCUCACAUGUGAGCAGCAGAAACCUGGGAAGAUGAGAAGAGGAAGCUUAAGGCCUGUUCCUGAGAUGAGAAGAUGAAGUUUAAGCAUGGUUCUAGAAUCCUGACUAUUAACUUACAUAAGCUCUAAAAAUGGGAAGAAUUUUUCUGGAUCACAUUGGCGGCACUCGCCUGUUCUCCUGUGCAAACUGUGACACCAUUCUGACCAAUCGUUCGGAGCUCAUCUCCACUCGCUUUACAGGGGCCACAGGGAGAGCCUUUCUUUUUAACAAGGUGGUAAAUCUGCAGUACAGCGAAGUUCAGGAUCGGGUCAUGCUCACUGGCCGCCACAUGGUUCGAGACGUGAGCUGCAAGAACUGCAACAGCAAACUGGGCUGGAUCUAUGAAUUUGCCACUGAAGACAGCCAGCGCUACAAGGAAGGCCGUGUUAUCCUGGAAAGAGCUUUGGUCCGAGAGAGCGAAGGAUUUGAGGAGCAUGUUCCAUCUGACAAUUCCUGAAGAGGCUUCUCUCAGGUUCUCUUCAUUUGAAACUUAAAGUAAUAAAAUCAACAAAAAAAUCUGCUUACAUACACUGUCACCUUAGCAUCAGAGUCGGAUUCAUGGACUACAGAGUGGGAAAGAUUGUGAGAGUAUUUCAGAUGGAACCUUCCUUUCUUUGUUCCUUUAUAUUUUACUUUCCCUCCAGCAGCUGUUUGUAGAAAGAUUGUUUUUCAGUUGCUGUAAGGUUUUUCUCUCUUGCAUUUCCAUCUGUUAAAUCUGAGACAGUAUCUGCAGAUACAGUGAGCUAAAAGGAAAAUGUUGGAAGAAUUUUUCUUUUGUUAGAGAGAGAUCAAUGGUUGUUUUUGUUUGGUUUUUUUUUUUU